AUGGUCGAGUCGCUGCCACCGUGCGAGCAGCCAGUGCUCACGCCCGAGUACCACGAUGUGGUCAUCGUGGGCGCAGGCAUCUCUGGCAUCUGCAUGGCUUGCCAGCUAAAGCGCAAGUUCAACAUCCACGACAUCAAGAUCCUCGAACGCAGCGAGGAUCCGGCCGGCACAUGGACCAACAACACCUAUCCGGGCUGUGCAUGCGAUGUGCCGGCGCCCGUCUACUCGUUCUCGUUUGCCACCAAGGGCGACUGGUCGACAUUCUACCCGCAGCAGAAGGAACUCAAGCACUACUUUGGCACGGUUGCGGCGCAGCACAACCUCCAAAAGAACUUUCACUUCCAGACCACCGUGCAGGAGGCGAGGUACGACGGCGAGACGGGUCUUUGGCAUGUGUGGAGCCAGGACUGGCGCAAGGACGGCACCGACGGCGAGAAGCACCACUUUGUCUGCAAGUUCUUCGUCAGUGCUGUAGGAGGCCUUUCGCAGCCCAAGGCUUGCGACAUCGAAGGCAACGAGACGUUCGAAGGACCCAUCUUCCACACGGCCAAGUGGGAUCACUCGGUGUCGUUGGAUGGCAAGGACGUGGUGUUGAUCGGCAACGGCUGUUCGGCAACCCAAUGUGUGCCGUACCUGGCCGAGCACUCCAAGUCGCUCACGCAGUUCAUCCGCUCCAAGCACUGGAUCGCACCGCAUCCGCACAACCCGUUCGACGACAUUCCGGGCUUCAAGUGGCUGUUGCAAAAGUCGGUGUUUGUGCGCAAACUGCAGCGUCUGCUCAUCUGGCUCGUUCUCGAGUCGCACUUUAUCCUCAUCCUUCAGAACCCGCUGGGUCGGCUCUUCCGCUGGAACUGGCGGCGCAAGUGCGAGGCGCACCUGAAGAGGAAUGCGCCCAAGGAGUACUGGGACAUGCUGCUACCCAAGAAGGACGAGCUCAUGGUCGGAUGCAAGCGCCGCAUCAUCGACGACGACUACUACCCUGCGCUGCGCAAGCCGCACGUCAAGGUGGACAACACCAAGGUGCAGCGCAUCGAGCCGCAUCACGUCGUCACCGCCGACGGACGCCGCAUCAAGGCGGAUGUGAUUGUCAUGGCCAAUGGGUUCGAGCCGCAUGCUGCAGGCGCACCCCUGAAGAUCAUCGGCACCAACCGAUCGCUCCACGAGCACUGGGCCAAGUACGGCGAGGGCGGCAUGAUCGCCUACCGCUCGGCCCUUAAUGCUGGCUUCCCCAACAUGGGCCAGAUCAACGCCGCCAACACGGGCACGGGCAACCAGAGUCUCAUCUUUGCCUCGGAAUGCACGGUCAACUUCCUGCUCGAGGUGGCCAAGCCCGUGCUCGCUGCCGCACGUCCACCGCAGCUGGCCAUCGAGCACAUGCCCGGCACUCCGGCCGACGAACGCGUGCAGCGGGCCAAGAUCCCCACGUUCCAGGUCAAGCUCAAGGCCGAACUGGACGAACAGCACUUUAUCGCCAAAGCCAUGUCCCAGCUCGUCUUCACCAGUGGCUGCAAGAGCUGGUACAUCGACCCCAAGAGUGGGCGUGUUACGUCGAUGCAGCCCGACUGGCAGGUCAAGUUCAUGCUGCGUUCGCACUUCCCCAAAUGGGAGGACUUUACAUUCACGGGCCUCAAGAACGGCAGCUACCACCCGUCGGGCGUGCCCUUCUGGAAGCUGCUGGGCAACAAGCUCGGUCUGGGCCACGUGCCCUAUGUCGACCCCAAGGAGACACCCCAGAUCAACCGCAAGGCCAUGGAUGCCUAG